AUGGCUUCCAAACCUAUAGUCUUACACAUCGGCGACCCCGUCAAAUUCAACACGUCGCUCUACGAGCAGCUCUCACAACAAUUCACCAUCAUCCGCCCUUCCGAAGCCGAGCGCCAACGCGAGCCAUUCCUACAAGCUCUUCGUGAAAAGAAAUGGGGUGACUUCUCCGCUGUGCUCCGGCCAUGGUGGGCAACUGGGGGUGAGAUGGGUCGAUGGGACAAGGAGCUUAUUCCUCUGCUGCCUUCGUCGAUGAAGGUAUAUGCCUCUGCCGGGGCUGGGUUUGACUGGGCAGACGUCGAUCUGAUGGCCGAAGCUGGCAUCCUGUACUGUAAUGGCGCGUCGGCCUCGUCCGAAGCUGUCGCCGACAUGGCCCUGUAUCACAUUCUCUCCGUUUUCAGAAACAUGCAAUGGAGCAACAUGGCUGCCCGCUCGCAAGAUCGCGCCCAGUUCGUCGACGCCCACACAAAUGCGCCCUUUACCGCACACAAUCCACGCGGACACACACUCGGCGUGGUCGGAUUGGGGAAUAUUGGAUAUACCAUCGCCACCAAGGCUUUUGCGGCGUUUGGCAUGAAGAUUAUCUACAGCGACCCGUUCCCCAAGAUGCCCGAGCAAGAAGCUGCCAUUGGAGCGAGGAGGGUUGAAAUGGAUGAUCUCCUCGCACAGGCAGAUUGCGUUGUGCUCGCGGCCCCCGGUGCCGGUGGGAAAAAGAUUCUCGACGCUGAGAAAAUCCGCAAGAUGAAGCGUGGAUCGCGACUAGUGAAUAUUGCGCGCGGUAGUCUGGUUGAUCAAGAAGCAGUUGCGGAUGCUCUGGAGGAAGGCAUUUUGUUUGCAGCCGGUCUCGAUGUUCAUGAAAACGAGCCCGAAGUGAGCGUGAGGCUAGUGAAGAAUAGAAACGCAACAUUGACCUGCCACACGGCCGGUGGUGCGCUCGAGACAACCAUUGGCUUUGAGGAGUUGUCGAUGAAGAAUGUUUUGGCUGUUUUGACAGGGCAAAAUCCACUGACGCCGGUGAAUAAGCAUCUGUUCAAGUGA